AUGGCUCUAGCUCACCAACGUCUAAGCCAAAUUUCGUCUCACCUCUCAGGCCAAAAGACCAAUAUCACAGCGAAACACCCAGAUGAUAUCGUCGUGACUGCCGCUCUGCGGACGCCCUUUACAAAGGGCGGAAAGGGCGGAUUCAAAGACACCGCGGCUGCGGAUUUGCUUGUUGGUGCUUUCAAGGGUCUUAUCAGCCGUAGCGGGAUUGAUCCAAAGCUUGUAGAGGAUAUUGCUGUCGGCUCGGUGCUUGCACCUGGAGGCGGAGCCACUGAGUUUCGUGCCGCGGCGCUGGUUGCUGGGUUCCCGGAAUCUGCUGCUGUUCGAAGCUUGAAUCGUCAAUGCUCGAGUGGCUUGCAGGCUGUGGUGGAUAUUGCCAAUGCCAUCAAGACGGGCAUGAUUGAUAUUGGGGUUGGUGCUGGUGUUGAGAGUAUGAGUUCUCAAUAUGGUCCCGGUGCAGUAACCGAGUUCUCCGAACUCCUCGAGAACCACAUGCAGUCUGCAAACUGCAAAGUGCCCAUGGGCGUGCUCUCAGAACAAAUGGCCAAGGACCGCAAGAUCGCGCGCGCUGAGCAAGACGCUUUCGCCGCAUCCUCGUACCAAAAGGCCAUCAAAGCCCAGAAAGCAGGUCUUUUCGACGAGGAGAUCCACCCCCUCGACGUCAAAUGGGUUAAUCCCAAGACCGAAGAGGAGAAAACCAUCACCGUCAAGGCCGACGACGGUGUCCGCGAGGGCAUCACGCCCGAGUCCCUGGGCAAAAUCAGACCUGCAUUCGCCAAGGACGGUAGCAUUCACGCCGGUAAUGCAUCGCAAGUAUCCGAUGGUGCUGCAGCGGUUCUUCUGAUGAAGCGCUCCACGGCUGAAAAGCUGGGGCAGAAAAUCAUUGGCAAGUUCGUCGCUGCUAGCGUGAUUGGCGUCGAGCCAUUGCUCAUGGGCAUUGGUCCGUGGAAGGCUAUUCCUAUCGCUCUCGACAAGGCUGGUAUUUCCAAGGAAGAUGUUGAUAUCUACGAGAUCAACGAGGCGUUUGCUUCGCAGUGUGUUUGGUGUGUGAAAGAGUUGGGUCUGCCGUUCGAAAAGGUGAACCCGAAGGGUGGUGCCAUUGCAUUUGGUCACCCUCUAGGCUGCACUGGGGCGCGACAGGUGAGUACGCUACUUACGGAGUUGAAGCGUACCAAUAAGAAGAUUGGCGUUACUAGUAUGUGUGUUGGAACGGGUAUGGGAAUGGCAGCUGUCUGGGUUGCGGAGUAA